AUGUAUGAUGAUGAUGAUGAUGAUGAUGAUGAUGAUGAUGAUGAUGAUGAUGAUGAUGAUGAUGAUGAUGAUGAUGAUGAUGAUGAUGAUGAUGAUGAUGAUGAUGAUGAUGAUGAUGAUGAUGAUGAUGAUGAUGAUGAUGAUGAUGAUGAUGAUGAUGAUGAUGAUGAUGAUGAUGAUGAUGAUGAUGAUGAUGAUGAUGAUGAUGAUGAUGAUGAUGAUGAUGAUGAUGAUGAUGAUGAUGAUGAUGAUGAUGAUGAUGAUGAUGAUGAUGAUGAUGAUGAUGAUGAUGAUGAUGAUGAUGAUGAUGAUGAUGAUGAUGAUGAUGAUGAUGAUGAUGAUGAUGAUGAAAUGUUGCAAUGA